AUGAAUUACUCGUUCCUGAAUCGAUCAAAUCGAAAAGUGAUAUUCACUAUCAUAGCAAAUUAUGUAAACUUGUCACAGUAUGAAAUAGCGCGAUCGUUACUGCACAAUUUAGUGGUUUCCAAUUUGCUAAAGGAAGAGGAUUUCAAAAAAAGGGAAAAAAAAGUAAUAGACUUGUUGGUAGAAGAAAAGUUGUAUUAUUUAAGAAAAACACUAAAAUUCAUGAGAAGGUUUUUACCCUAUGGUUCUUCACCACUUCAAAUUUUUUCAAAUGAGUUAUCUAGUGCACACUUUUUACUCAAGGUAAUAAAUGAUUACAAUAGGUUCGUCGAUCUCAUAUUUUGGAAUUUCCUAACUCAUGAAGCAUUCUUGCGUGCCGAACAUCCAGGGGUGCUGCAUGAACUACAAACACGGAUUGGAACUCGCUCUCAAACGUGCAGUGGAAAAUUGGAAGGAACCCUACCUGAAGAAGUGGUAAGAAGACAGACUCAGUCCAACACCAACGACAACUCCAACACCAACGACAACUCCAACACCAACGACAACUCCAACACCAACGACAACUCCAACACCAACGACAACUCCAACACCAACGACAACUCCAACACCAACGACAACUCCAACACCAACGACAACUCCAACACCAACGACAACUCCAACCCCAACUCCAACGUCAAGGCCAGUGAAAAAUCUGCACAAGAAUGGGCAGCGGGAAGGGAUCAGCCUCCGCCUUCACGUGCUUCCUCCCCAUUUCGAUCAUUUUUGAAAAAGAAAUACAUAUCCCAAGAGUUGCAUAACAAAAUAGCAUUCGAUGUUCUCCUAGCGACCAUAGUGGUGUAUAAGGAGUACUACAUGUGUGCAUUUGAAGAUGCACGUUUUUCUUUCUUUUCAACUGAGGCAAUACAGUAUUUGAGGAGGAUUUACCACCUGCGCUUGAAAUCCGAGGAGUUCCUGAAAAGGAAGGGAAAAGCGAAAAGGCGGAUGAAACGAUGGGGGUGGAAGCGACAGACAUGGGAGGGGCAGAGGCCACGGAAGGUUCUCGUUUCUCAACAAAAUAGAAACGACCACCAAGAUUGGCACAAUCACAUAAGCGAUAACCUCUUCUACUUGUUUAAUCAAAUUGUUCCAUUCAAUGAACCAAGCAAAAAAAAAAAGGCUACGCGCACAGAUGCGGGAAAAAAUGGCCUAGUUAAAUACACUGAUUGUCCAAAAAGAAAAAAAAAAAAAAAAAAAAAGUUGCUACAAAAUAUUGACGAAUUAGUUCUGCACAGCUGUAAAAUGGUGUAUGGAGAAAAGUCAGACAUUAUCCAAAUAAAUUCCAAUGGAGGGACUAACAGAACCGACAUAUGGUCUAGCAAUGAAAAGGAGAAAAAGGGAAAAAAAAAAAAAAAAAAAAAAAAAGUUAAAGAAACCAAUUCUUUGCAUGUAAUAUACAUACACCCAUUAUACAUUAUUAAUCAGAAGCCAAUAUAUAAUUAUAUUAACACAUUUGAAGAAGAGACUCUUUUUUUUUUAUAUCAAAAAAACGUUAUGCCCUUACUAUAUCGAGAGUUUUUCUGUUUGAUGUUUUUUCUUCCUUCAUUAUCUGUGCAAUUAUUGAAAAGUUUGUGUCUUAAUAAAAGUUUUUAUGACUUUUUGAUCAACCUAUAUUUCCUGAGCAACACAUGUAAUCUGAUGCUUACAAAUAGACGAUACGACAGGAAAAUUGAAUCCACAUCUAAUGUCACACCUGAAUCGGUGGAUACACCUGUAAUAGUAGUGCACAAGAUGAAGAGUAUUUCCAUGUGGAGUGCAAAAAAUGAAUUAGUCAACAAAACCCUCAUUAAGCAAGAGAUUUGUGAUAACAUUCAAAUGCGUGACGGAAUGGAGAACUUACCAUAUCUAACACAUUUUCAAAAAGAAAAAAAAACAAAUUUUAUAAAAAACUGUUACGUUAUAUUUAUUCAAAUAUACUAUAUCGCCAUGCAUAUUUAUAUGGAUGUACUUGUCGAAAAAUUAAAAAAAAAAGACUUGGUGAAUUAUUGCAACUUUUUAUACCUUCUCAAGUUUAACAAUGUGUUUAUGAAUAACAUUUUUUUCUUUUCCCUCUCCUCUGAGAAUGCCAUCUGUGAGGGAAGCGUGCACGGGGGUGGAAGUGGCACUGCGCGUGGUGAUGAGAAUGGCACUGCGCGCGUCGGUGUUGAGAGUAGCAAUGCUGGAAUUACAAGUGUCAUCUCGAAGAUGAACGGAGUUGACACACACAGGAGAGACACUUUUUUUUACUCGUCUCAUCGUUCGGAUGACCCCAAUAGAGGAAAAUGUUUUUACAUGACGCAACCGAAGCAGAAGAAAAACAAAUCGAUGAACUUUACACCUAAGAAAUGUUAUCUCUCCCAUAGUGCACUCCAUAAAAUGUAUAAUCUCCUUGUCUUUCUUGUAUUUUACUAUAAUGGAGAUGAAAAUGCAAUUCAGCAAUUUGGAAUUUGUCCUACGUAUGAAGAGGGUACUGAGAAGAAUGGCAAGACUGCGGACAACCGAAAAAUUGGGCAGCAAUGGGAGCAGCAGCAACAGCAACAGCAGGAGGAGGAGGGGGAAGUUCAGUUUUGUAAGGUCCUAGCUAGUGGCGUCGUCCUAUAUUUAUGCAUUAAUUAUGCACACAUACGAAGCAUUUUUUACUUCUAUGCAAGCAGGAGAAAGGAGAAGAGGAAGGAUGAAAAGAGUGUCAAUAUCUAUCACAAUAAAUGUAUCGUUUAUGAAAUAUUCAUGUCUACCAACACUUUUCACUGUUCAAAUGAAACAAAUGAAAACAAAAUUGUCAACAUAUUUCUUUAUUUGUAUAAUUACAUAGACGAUUUAUAUAACCGUUGGGUAAGAAAAUACGUGGUGUAUGCAGACAUCCACUGCAAAAAAAAAGAGGAUCUUUUGUUUUACAUAAACAGUUCCAGGAUAAAGAGGAUCCACUUUUUGAACUACCUGUUCAACAUAUGCGAGAAAGAAAUAAAAAAUCAGAACUUCCUAUACCUAGACAGUCUUUUGAAAAAUUUCCGUGGACUCAAAAAUUUAUGCAUCCUUUUCUGUUUACAGAAUGCAAAAGACGUGAAUGUGAAAGCGAAGUGCUUGUCUGAACUUAAAUCAUGUAAAGAUAAUAUUUACCUUUACAAUUACAUCAAAGAUAUGAAAACAAGAGUGAAGAUAGCUACUUUGCAUUACCAGUUGUAUAAACAAAAUGCAAGUAUGUCCAAAUUAGCACACCAAACAAAAUUAACAAAGAAUGACAUGUUUCACAAAUUGAAAAAUACAUCAAGCCCACUUUUACUGAGUCAUCUCAAUUUGAUGCAAAAUGUUAAUUAUGUCUUUCUAAGGAAAAUGUCAAAUCUAGAUAUUAAAAAUUUCCUCUAUCGUAGGGAAAUCAAAAUGAAUAUGAAUUUUCUUCUUUUCUAUGUGAUAAUUAGGAAUACCUUCCGUUGCCUCCAUGGGCGGAGUCAGGUGGAGGAAAUUGCAAGCCAUUACAAUCUGAUAAACUACAAGGAAUGCAAAAUAAAAGCUCUUCUCUACAUAGUUGUCUUGAUAUUUCAAUGCAUAAAGAAAAAAGAAGGAGAUGUAAAAGUAAACGAAUUCAUUUACAUAAUACAAUUUUUGUUUCACAAACUGAAAGCAAUAAAAGGAGAAAAGUCAUUAUUCAUUUUAAAUUUGAAAAAUUUGUUGUAUCAAAUUGUAUACGAUGUCUAUAUUCGGCUAUUUGUUUUUUUUCAAAAGUAUGGAAGUACAAAUUCGAAAGGAACAAAUCAAAGAAAAGUGAUAAAAUCAAAUGAAAUUCCAAUCAACAAAUUCCUCGCAAGGGGAAAAGGUGCCAAACGAGAAGAACUACACCCGAUUGAAAAAAUUAUAUCCAGAAGAAAUGUCGAAAAGGAAAAUGACAAGGUGAAAAGUAGGAAUUAUUUUCCUAUGGAAAAUAAAGGGAACUUGGUACAGCGGGAUCAAUCUAGGGUUAGAAAAAAAACAUACAUAUUACAUGAAUCGAGAAACAUUCAAGGGAAAAUUUAUGAAUGUGAAAACGGUCAAUCUAACAGAAAAAGAUUCAACCGUAGAAGCGGACGCACAUCUUCUACACCGAUAACUACUAUAGAGGUAUUCAUGAAAAAUCAAUUAAUUAGAAAAUUAAAAACAAUUUCCACGUCAUCUCAUACUAUGCUGAGGAAAAGGCUAUCGAGUCGGAGAAGAGGAAAGGAUAGUUUUAUUUUUAGUUUUGUAAUUAUGAUUGAAAAGAAGUGGAGUGAGAAGUGGAGUGAGAAGUGCAUCCCUGAAUUGAGAUACAUCUCCUCAAGACAGAAGUUGUUACCACUCGGGAGUGCACAAAAGGGGAACGAUGAAUUUGACAAGCAUUUGUUAGAACUCAUGUUUAAUGACCCUCAGGAAUAUAUAUAUAAAAAUAUAAUAGACAGAAUAUGUAAUCGCCUGAACAUGUUCAUAUAUUAUAGAUAUAAAAAACAAAUCUCAAAAAAUUCAAUACGCAAUUUGCUAUUCUACAUCGAAUUGAAUACACUAUUUAAAAAUCUCUACAUGAGCGAUCUCAACUUAUUGUUGCAUCAUGGAAGACAAACCGUAUGUAGUAAAAAAUUAUUCACUUCUUUUUUUCAAAUGAUGGUUUUUUAUUAUGACAAGUACAAAUGUAACGAAUUAAACAGGUAUAUUUUCGAAAAUAGUGAAAACGUCGACUUUUUCAUCCUAUACAAUUUUCUAGACAUUUGUGUAUCAUGUUCUAAUACAAUAGAACGUGGGGCAGCUCUACUCCAAUUUGUAAGAAGUAGAAUACGUAAAAUAAUUAAAUCCAGUAAAACACGUAAAAUAGCUAGCCAGAAUAGAGAACUCCAAGAUAAGUUUCGCUCCUCAAGGUAUCCCCACCGGUUCUACCAUUUCCUCCUCUGCUUUGUGAAUCGAUUGUACGUUUUGAUAAAUAUAAAAAGUAGACAUGGCGAGGAAAGACAAAGAAACAUACGUCAGAUAUGCUAUCAGAAAUACGAAUAUCCCUCUGUAGAAUUGGGAGGGGAAGCAAUAAUAGGAAUGGUGAAAGAAGAAAAGGCCACAACACCAUCAAAGGGAACCAAGCCAAAGAGCACGAAACCAAUCCUUCUCAGCAAGUACCUUCUGCUCAAAUGCAACUCUCUGAAGGUACAAUCCAAAUUAAUCGAGAAAUAUUUCAUUGACUUGUAUAAGAGGAAGCAUUUCCUGAAAGACAUGUUCUUAUGCUUUAACAAUUUAAAAAGAAGAAAAAAAAAAUAUGUACAUAUAAAUUAUGAUGACAUGAAUAAAUGUUUAGAAAAAUAUUGCCACCUAUUGUUAGAAAAUGAUGAAGGAGUUAGCAUCAAUUAUUUAUUUUUUUUUUUUCUCUAUUCAAAUAUAUUAAUUAAGUAUAUAUAUAGCUCUCUAACUGGAACACAAGAGAAACAGAACUUUUAUGAAUUUAUUUAUAAUCACAAAAAACAUUAUUACACAUCUCAGAUUGAAUAUGAAAAAAAAAAUAUAAACUAUAAUUUAUUUUAUAUACUAACUAUUGAUAUAAAUACAAUCAUCAAUUUUAUUCUCUUUGUUUGUGGAUCCUUUGACAUUGCUAGGAAAAUGUGUUCACUUUGCUUCAUUCAUUGUCAUAGAAUAAUUGUUGAAAAUGUAAAAACUCAAUGUUCCCUCAAAAACCAGAUGCACUUUUUAGAAUCUGAUAUGGAGAAAGGUUUACCCUUAUGGAAUUUCACUUCUUCUUAUUUUCCCUUGUCUAAAAAAAAAACAGACGAUGGCGUCAAACAAAAAUCUCUCUUUAGAAAUAACUACUUAAUCGAAAAAACGAAUGAAAAAUAUCUCACAGGUGAUUUUCUUUUUUUCCUCUCAGAUAAUGUGAAACCAUUGAAACGCAUGAUGCAGAAAUUUUUUUCUCCGUCCAGACGAAGAGGCAAAAACUGGAUUGGAGAAAAGAAAAAAAAAACAUGCAACUUGAAAACAAUUCUCUUGGAGUACAUACAGUAUGUCAUAGAUAAGCAAGGGGAAGCAGUGGAAAAGGAGUCAAGUAAACAAGCAAGGGUAAAUAAAAAAACCGAUAGAAGUGCACCAAGUAAAAAAUCAUCGUGUUCAACCAAAGUAAAGUACUCAAAUGGAAACCCAAACGAACAGACGGAUGGAACCCAAGAACAUAGCAUCUUGGACAACUCAAUUGACAGUGAAAGUAAAGACGAAUUGAUGAAUCUAUUUAUAUGUCUAGAGAAAUGUGAUUACUACUUUCCAUUCAUUUUCAACACUAUGUAUGGAUAUGCCUUUUCAACAAAUUAUAAAUUCUUGAAUAGACUUACAGUAGAGAGGUAUAACACUAUAAGAAAAAUAUUCUCGAUCUGUCAUAAGGAAAAAAACAAAAACGAAAAAACUGUCAUAGAAGGUGGAAGUAAUCAACCCAUUGGUGGAGGAAUACACUAUCUUAAGUAUAACAAUUUGUUAAAUUUGAAUAAUCCUACAAAAUGUCUCCUAUAUGCAACAAUUUUUGAUAAUCAGCAUAAUAUGGAUUGUCUACAUAUGUAUGAUUUGUUAAGAGAGUCUAAAAAUGAGAAAAAAUUACACUUUAUUAGAAAUAAGCUAAAUGUGCUUUAUUUCCCGCUUUUGGACAAAGGAGAAAAAACAUAUAGCAGAAUUUUCAAUACCACUUCUAAGGUAUCACAUUCAACAUUUGAAUUCAUGAAUCAGAUAUUCAUUCCAUUAUAUCACACACUCAGUAAGGAUGAACUGCUGACCUAUCUCCUUAACGAAAAAACUUCGCUGAUAGAAAUGCUUGAUGUAACUAUAAAUUCAGUAAUGAAUGAUGAUCGAAUUUUAUUCAAAUUGACCUUACAGGAGGCUGACUCAAUCCUGUACACAUGUCAUUAUAGGAUUCAAAAGUUUCAAAAGGAAAAUUCCACAUUUACCUUGAGCACCCAUCUUACCUGCGACGAGUUGCACUCUCACAAUUUUUACAAAUUGACAAGAAGUCUGCGCGAAAAUGUUGCUAAGUUGAACGUGUAUCUGAUGGCUUUUCGGGUGAUUAAGAAGAUGCUGAAGGUUCGCGAACAGUUAGAAGCGGUGAAUCAGUUGGAAGCAGUGAACCCGUUGGAAGCGGUGAAUCAGUUGGAAGCAGUGAACCCGUUAGAAGCGGUGAACCAGUUAGAAGCGGUGAAUCAGUUGGAAGCGGUGAAUCAGUUGGAAGCGGUGAAUCAGUUGGAAGCGGUGAAUCAGUUGGAAGCAGUGAACAAGUUAGAAGCGAUGAACCCGUUAGAAGCGGUGAAUCAAGACCAUAUCACAAGCAAAACAAAACAAACACAUUGGGUGAAAAUACUCAAAACAGUUAUGAACGAAACAAUGGGAGAAGAAGAUGUCUUGCACUUAGUUAUAUCAAACCGAUUAUUCAAACACUCGACCUUCCUUCUAAAUUACAAAUUGGGUCCGAUGUCCAACAUUAUGAAACGAGGCAAGAUACUGAAAUUUCAUCGAAAAUGUAAUAGCGCGUACAUUAUGCAUCUAUGGAGAAGUAACAGCACGAAAAACAGAAAAAAAAUUAUCACAUUUUUGAGACAAUUGAAGGGAGAGAAGGAAGCGAGGAAUGUGCUUAACACCAUACUGCACGAUAAGGACAACGAACAUGUGCAUGAAUUCUUUUCCUUCAUAUUGCACCAUUAUGAAAAAACCUAUGUUAAAAAGCUCUACCUAUUAGCCCUAAUUUCUCAUUGCUUGAAAAUACAAAAUAUUCACCAUAUCAAAUUAAAUGAAAUAAUUUCCCUCCUUUUGAUCGAAAACAAAUUGGAAAUAAUCAAAUUUAUUCUCACGAAUGAUUUGUAUACUGCAAAAAUAUACACAUUCUUCCGUUAUGCCUUUUUGCAUAUCCAUCUUGAUAUCACCAAGUGGAUCCCACCACGAGGGAAUUUUCAGAAAUGUAACUUGUCUAAGAGUAAACAAUUUCAAGGAGUGACAUAUGAGAAGAGUGUUGUUCCAUAUGAUUUAUCAAAAUGCUUGUCCAUUCUUCAGCUUACCACACUGUUCAAUAAGGAAUGUUUUUCUUCUCAAUUUAUAUUCUCCACAUUUCUGCACGUUACACAGAUUUUGUUUGAUAGAGUAUGUAACAGUUUAAAGAGAACCUCCUGUGAGGAAGGAUCCAAUCAUGAGCAGCAUGUACGACAAAGGAAUCCAUCCCUUGCAGAUAUAAAAAAAUUAAAAAAAAUGAAACAAGUGAAUCUGCACAUGAAUCCAAAUAAGGAAAAGACAAAUGUGAAGAUUAAAAAAAAAUUCAGCUUAUUUGGUCUAUUUUUUGACAAAAGUCUCAACUCAAAUAAGGUUCAAAAGAAAAAAAGACCUUACCAGAAUUGCUGCAUUAGACGUUAUCACAUAAUUGAGUCUAUAGUGGGAAACAACAUGUGGAACCAAUCUAAUGGUGAACUCAUUGAGUCGAAAGGAAAAAACCAUUAUGAUAAUACUAGAAGAAACAAUGAAGAAUUAGGAAUCAGCACAAAUAUUCUCAUUUACACAUUCUUCAAAAUUUGUUUUUUUUUUUACUCUAAUUAUAAAGAGUUAAGACACGUAAGCAAUUUGUUGUGUACCCUAUUUCCUAUACUGAUAUACAUUAAGGUUUCGUUAAAUUUUCAAGUGCAUUUGAAGUUAGUCAUUAAGAUGAAUAUACAAAAUUUAAUUAACAUGCUAAGAAUAAAGAACUUUAACAUGUGUAACUACCUUAUCCAUAGAAUUUGUUCAUGCUACUUUUACCAUAUUAACUCAUUUGUCGUUUUAAAUGAACCCACGUUGUUCUACAGUUUCAUUAACACAAGACACAGGUUCAGUAAAUACAGAAUGAUGAAAAAUAUCAUCUCGCUUCUUCGAUUUGAUGGACAUGGUUCUGCCAGGAAUAUUAUAAAUUUCCAAAAAAUCAAUAACUUUUAUCUGUAUAAUUAUGACAAUGUGGCUUAUGUAUAUAGAAAAUUAAUUGAUGUUUCCAAAAUUGUGCAUAUAGAGAAAAAGGAACAGUUUCCUACCCUUUGGCUUCCGAACGUGGAGGUUGGUACAACAGCGAGGGAAGACCAAGUUAAAUGGGCAGAACUGGUGUGGGACAAACUAGAAAAUGAAAAAGUGAUACGUGCAGAGAACGAUUACAAUGAGGUUGAAAAUGAAAAAGUGAUACGUGCAAAGAACAAUUACAAUGAGGUUGAAAAUGAAAAAGUGAUACGUGCAAAGAACAAUUACAAUGAGGUUGAAAAUGAAAAAGUGAUACGUGCAAAGAACAAUUACAGUGAGGUUGAAAAUGAAAAAGUGAUACGUGCAAAGAACAAUUACAAUGAGGUUGAAAAUGAAAACUUGAUACGUGCAGAGAACAAUUACAAUGAGGUAGAAAAUGAAAACAUGAUACAUACAAAGGAGAAUCAAUCGAACAAAGCUAUGGUCCAGGGAAAAACGAUACAAAGCAAAUUUAAAAUAAUAGAUCAAGAGAACAUAAUAAAAAAGAUACAAGACAUCCGGUUUAGCGUGAUUGUAUUUUACUUCGAGCUUCUAUCCAAAUGUAACAUGGGCGUGUAUUCAUUAUUGAAUCUAUUUUUUGCUUUUUUCUGCAACUAUCAUUUCUGUAGUAAUGUUUGCAAAACCUAUCGAAACUUGCUUUCAUACUUUAUUAAUUUGUACAUUCAUAAGGAUGUACAAAAUGCGUGGAAAGCAAAUAAUAACGUGAGAGUAAACGAAUGGGCAGUUUUUGAAGGGUUCAGAAAGGACAGUUUGCUUUCCAAGUCGUCGAAUGAUCAUUGCAGUGAAGAGCUUUACAGGGUGAUUCUGCAAGUGUGCAAUGUACGUAAAAGAAACGAAAGGAGCCAUAGGAGCAGGAAGGAUCGCACCUACGUCUUGCAUACGGUGCUGAAUAAGGAUGUCCUGCAGUUAAUAAAAAAAAAAAAUUCACUUUCGAAACAAGGGUGUGAUAUGAUUACGCAACAUUUGGUUAGAAGCAAUGAAAUUGUAAGAUCCAGAUAUACAUUUUUAUCUAUCCGAUAUGAUAAAUUUUUUGCUUGCAGACGUAGGGGACUAAAGUUGUUCUAUUGCUGUCCUUUUAAAAUGGAUCCACAAAGUAUUUAUUCAUCUUCCAUGACAAUCCAUGUGAGAAAACAUCUCCUAACGAGUGUAGCAUUUGCUUACUUCUACAACUACUACAACAAUGUACAUUUCGAGCAGAGAUGUAAUGAGGUAGAAUAUGUAAAAGGUCUCACACAAAAACAGCUAUUUUUGUACAUCAUGGGGAAUAUAAAAAAUCCCUACCUGAUGAGGAAAAAAGAAUUACACAAUGUAAAGAUAUGUUCGAAACAUCCGAAGAAUUUUUUACCUACUUUGAAUGAUAAUAAAAAAGUGAACAUGUUCAAUUUUGAGAAGAAAAAUAAGAAAAUAUUACCAAAUGAAAAUAUUAUACACAGUGUUGGGAAAAAUGUUAAAUUACGUAUUGACCAAAUUAGGAAUAAAAAAGCAACAUAUAUAUAUUCGAAUUAUAUAAGACAAAAAAGAGUAACUCAAAUAAUUAAUCUUUUCGAAAACAAGUUAGAAAAUUUUCAAGGAUAUGCUAAGUUAAUGUACAAUAAAUCUUUGCAAAAUAAUAUGAUGGAAUAUUUUAUAUCGAAACAAAUAACUCACUAUUAUGAAUAUUUUUUUCAAGAAAUGGACUUUUGUUCAUAUCCCUUAUGCUAUUCUUAUCCAAGCAAUAACAUCAUUGCUUAUUCUCAAUAUUUCAAAAAAGACUUGAAUGAUGCAUGUGCAAAUAUGAAUUAUUUGAAAUAUCAUGAACGAACAAAUUAUAUGACCAAUAUAGGCAAAAUUAAAAACUUCCUAUUCUUAACAUCCUUGUUACUACCGUACGGCUCCAAGUGCAUACGGUUACAAAGCUACAACAGUGCAAAAUCAGAUAGAAAUCACAUAAGUGCUUUGAAAAAUUACUUUUCACAAGCCAACUUACUGAUCCUGUAUGCAAAGAACGAUAUGAACAAAGAGUGCUUCCGGCUGCUUAGUAAGAAUGCAGAUUGUGAACACUUCAGCUACAUCAUCAAGCGGGCGUGCAAGUACAACUAUAUUUACAAGACCUUCCAGAAUGUGUCUCAGCUAAAGGAUCCGCGCUUCCAGCACGAAAUAAAAUGCCAUUUGCUGAAGAGAAAAAUGUACACCUUCCUAUACAAUUACGUGGUUUUUUCAGAAGAUUACAUGAACGCAGUUAUAUUAUGUGUGUAUAACUAUACCAUUGCACAAAACACAGAUAUUAAAAAUGGACAUUUGAAUAGCGCCCUAGUUAAUCUCACCCUGAUUGUGACUAAAUUUAAGAGCCCCGACAUGGAACAGACUUCUGAACACCAGCUUCCCCACGAUCCCGUCAUUACAUCUCAGCACAAAAAGAGUCAUAAAAGAAACAAUAAUUUAUACCGAUUCAGCAAUUUCAAUAUUCUCUUUGGAGAAAUACAAAAGGGGAGAGAGAAUGUAAUUUCUAUUGAGACAGUGUACAGAUGUGUAGACCUCAUAACCCUGCAGCAGAACCUGCUGAACGUACAACUGGAUUACCCUGUUAACAUAAUUAACUGUAAAAAAGUGGACAUCGCGCUAUGCAUAGAUAUUUUAAUUUACAAGAAAAUAUAUAAUCUAGCUGAUAAUGUUAUUAACGUGUACAACUGGGAGUAUAUUUUUACCUACUGCUUGGCAUGUGUUUUUUGUUUACUUAUAAACAAAAAUUUCAACUUCCUUCACGACAUUGUAUAUUACAUUAAAAUCAAGUUGAGUAAUGAUGACAUGAACAUUUUUAUUCUUCACGUUGUAUACUUGUAUUUGCAAUAUUGUACAAAGCUCAGGGGUCUGUAUGAGAAUGUUGCUGAGGUUUAUAAUCGCCUUCAAAAUGGCAACUACUAUACCAUGGGAAGUUUUACACCCAUACAAGGGCAGGAACCAAAUGUGGAAAAACAAGCUAGCUGUGUACCAGGAAAAAAUAGCUAUGCUGCAGAAAAAGCUAGCUGUAUAGAAAAAAACUCUAACUGUGUUGCAGAAAAAGCUCUUUAUGGGAUGAAUACCACAAUGGAAAUUUCAAAUUGUGGAAAUUCAUCGGACGAAUUCUCAUCAGGUGACAAGGCUACAUCCACCAUAAGAGAUGAUUACCUGAAUGAUGAGCUGAAUAAAACUUUACUCUACAUCAAUGAUAAUGAUUUUUUGUUUUAUGCACAUACUCUAAUCUACAUACAUAACAAGAGGGAAUAUGGAGGAAUAUUAAAAAAUAUGAAACGACUUUUAUUUACCAAUAUUAGCAAAAAUGACAUUUACAAGACUAUCAUUUGUGCAUAUAAAUUCGUCCAUGGGGAUCAAAAGAUGAAUUAUAAUUUUAUUCAUGAUAAUAAGAAUUAUUUUAAAGAAAUUCGUGCACCCAGAAGGAGUAUCAAAUGCUUUGGUAACAUUAACGACGAUUACAAUUUUAUUAAAAUUAUGUACUUAUCCAAGAAAUACCCUGACAAUAUUAAGCAUAACAUAACGACUGAAAUUUUGGAUAUUUAUAAGUUCUGCAUGUCUGAUGAGAAGGUCGCACAUAAUUAG